CAGCAGCAGAGCAGGGGAAGACAUAAGCCCCCCCAGAAAUAAUUAAGCUCAUAAAACGUUACUUCCUGAUCAAGAUGUAUCUUCGGGGCAGCUCGGAGAGAUGCCUCUUGAACGAUAUCGACACAGAAAAACAGCUCCAAGAAUUACUGCCUUUGCUACAAAAGAGCAUUAAAGAAAUAAAAAAUGCAAACGCUCCUCCUACGACCACCGCCACCACUUCAGGACAAGGACUUUUGCUGACUUCUCUCGGAAAUGGACCACCAAUCUGCAUUCUUCCAUCCGGUGUUGGGCUUAUUGAUACUAAACAAUCCAACCCCACAACCAGCGUGGUGACGGAUUUCGUUCAAAUUCAAAAUUUCAAUUCGGUUUUCGAUAACUGGCUCAAAAUUCGUGACAAGCGUGCUAAAAAUGUAGCUGACACAUUGGCUGGACUUCAGGCCGUCAAGGAUGCCAGCAAUAUUGGAAGAAAAUCCGGGAUGUCGGAUAUCAGUUCGAUAAACUACGGCAUUGCGUGCACUCUCUUACCCGGAAUUUCGAGUACGAAAGCGGGAAAUUUUACAAAACUGUACAACACCCUUUCCAAAAAGGAUAAGGAUAAUGUCCAACUAAGAAAGUCGAUUUCGAGCUAUGUAAAAUAUGUUGAAGGAUGUCUUACCACGGAAAAGCAAAAACAAAAUAGCUGGAUGUCCGAUUUAAAAAAAUUGGGUUCCAGUGCUUCCAAAGAGGUUGGCAGAGCUGUGGCGCUGGUCACAACGAAAGUUAAAUCCACCACGCCAAGUCCCCCAGGAUGGAAGGAACAUCCCGUCAUGAAGGCGAUUCCUCAAAUGACGAAGGACCUCGCCUUCCAGAUUCAAGUACAACAAGAAUUCCUCACAUUCUUUCAAACUGCCGAAAAUUUGGAGACAUCCAGAUUUUAUUUCGAUGCAGAAUAUUUUCCUGACUUGGAACCCGUACUGCGACCUCCAAACAGUGACAAGUUCCUGUUUGACUGUCUACUAACAUGCGCACCAGAAUGGGAUAGUUUGGUUGAAUCGGUGGAGAAGAAUUUGGAUUUCAAACAUUUAAAAGCCGCAGCAACUACAGAUAUUAAUAAAACUAAAGCAGUCCUUAAACGCGCUGCGGUACAGGCGAGUCUUAAACACGGUACUGAAAAAAAACUGAAACUGAAUGAGAUUAGGGAAGGAUUAAACUUCAUAAUAAACAAUGCAAAGGACCGGAAAAAUCCUGGCAGAGGGCAUCACGUCAUAAAUAACGAUGUGAUGACAGGACAUUUUAUUGGAAUAUAUAAAGAACCGUACAGCGCUACGAAUUGAUACAUUGGAACAUAUCUAUUCUAAAGAUCUAGUAGCUGAUGACGUAAAAAUGCAAAAUAUUAUCAAAAAUAUGGUGAUGAAUUUCGAAGAAGGACAGGACUAUAACAGUGAAGUUUAUGGUUUGGCAAAACAACAGCUACUCCUGGGAUCGAGAGAGUUCAUGGGAAAGGAAAACAGUGGAACAAGGUCAAAGCUAUUUGCUCUAUGCGGGAUUUUUGUAAAUCUAGGCAAAUUAGUAGACCACCCGGCAUACCUUGAUCCAGGUGCUUACGAGAAGUGGGUUAAGGCUCAUGGUGAUGCUAAAGUUGAACAUGAUCGCAACGUGACAAAGAAGGCCUAUUGCCAAACUUGUGAGGCGCACGUGGCUAAAUAUUUCGGAAGAUGUGACAAAAAUAAUACGGGAGAUCACUCCUACACCCUGAGAGACAAUACCGUUUUCACAAACCGGCUGACCAAAUGGAAAAAACAAUUGGACGAUAUUGAGCGUCAAGCACCUGGUGGAAAGUUGAAGGGUUUCUGGGGUACUAUGAAUUCAAAAAAGAAUGAAAUAUCCAUGUGCAAUUUCCCCGAUCGAUUUUAUUUUAAUCUGUUUCUUACUAAUUAGCUAUUAAUUGUAUAUUUAAUUCCUUUCUUAUCAAAGUUAUACAGCUUAGUCCAAAUUAAAAAAUAAUUUGCUAUUUAGUUCAAGUCGAUUUGUACGAAAUUCCCAGAAACUUGGACCAUCAUGUGCUUGUUCUAAAUACGUUGAGUAAGUAAAUUUUAUGAAAAUUUAUUUAGUCUGCUGCAUCACGAAUAAAAAGUCAGACUGGUAUUGAUUUUUCAAAAGGGAUUGUAUGCACACCUAAUUUUAGUAUUUACAUACUUAACAUGAGUUGAGAGGUAUGUAAGUAUUUAAUAAGAUAAUUUUACAUAUGUAAAGCUGACAAUGCGCAAGUUUAACUUGAACCCCAUUUAUUUAAGCAUUUUAAUAUUGAAUAUUAAAUUUAAACUAAAAUUAUUACAAUCAUACAGACUAAAGUUAUCCACAUCAGAGGUCGACGCCGACAAAUUUUCGGCGGCGGCGGCGCCAGUUUUUGGUGAUUUUUCGGCGGCGUCGGCGGCGCGGCGCGGCGUCGCAAUGUUAAA